AGAACGUUAUUCGAACCCCCUUAAACGAAUUAAGAAUUUUUGUUAUUCAUCAUCCAUGUUUGGUCACACUCGAACUCUACAAUUACUUCGAGGUGCAAUUUCAAUAUCAACAUUAAACCCAGAAACAAUUUCUCAUCUUUUUCCUAAAACCCUAAACCCUAAUUUCGAAAACCCUAAAUUUCAAUGGCUGAUUCGAAAAUUAAGCACAGCUACAUCAUCGGCAGGAGGAGUAUGGAGAAACCCUAAUAGUAUAUCAAUUUGGAGAAGAAAGAAAGAAAUUGGGAAAGAAGGUUUAAUUGUUGCCAAAGAAUUGAAGCGUCUUCAAUCAAAUCAUAUUCGUCUUCAACGUUUUAUUCAAUCUAAUGUUUCUCGCUUGCUUAAAUCUGACCUUGUUUCUGUUCUUGCUGAAUUUCAGCGUCAAGAUCAAGUCUUUCUCUCCAUGAAAUUGUAUGAUGUGGUGCGUAAAGAGAUAUGGUACCGCCCAGACAUGUUCUUUUACAGGGACAUGCUCAUGAUGCUUGCAAGGAACAAAAAGGUUGAGGAAGCAAAGCGGGUAUGGGAAGACUUAAAGAAGGAAGAAGUCCUAUUUGACCAGCACACUUUCGGUGACAUCAUCAGGGCCUUUUUGGACAAUGAACUGCCGAAUGAGGCGAUGGAAAUAUAUGAUGAAAUGAGGCAGUCCCCUGAUCCUCCUCUUUCACUUCCCUUUCGGGUAAUUCUGAAAGGACUUAUUCCAUAUCCUGAAUUGAGGGAAAAGAUCAAAGAUGAUUUCUUGGAGCUUUUUCCUGGGUUCUCUGUCUAUGAUCCUCCUGAAGACCUCUUUGACGAUCAAGAUUGGAAAACAGAUAGUGAAUAGGAUCGGAAGGUGAGUUAUGCUGUUGCCAACCUUAGACGUUUUGUUUUUUGUCGUCCAUGUUACAACUUUACCUCAUGACAAUGUAACCCUUCUCACUCAUAUAUUCCUUAGAAGUAGUAGGUGGUUUUUAUAUUCUUAAGAACAAAAUGUAAAACAAAAUAUUUGAUUGAUUGAAGCUUCAGUAAAAAUAUGUAUAAUGGUUA